AUGCAUCUCAUGUACACCCUCGACGCCAGCGGCAACCGCCUGUACACCCUGAAGAAGGUGGCCCACGGGCAGGUCACCAAGUCAGCGCACCCGGCUCGCUUCUCGCCCGACGACAAGUGGUCGCGGCAGAGGGUUACCAUGAAGAAGCGGUUCGGCCUGCUUCUCACGCAGCAGAAGGAGGAGUAG